AUCGCCUUUGCUGCAUACUGUUAUCAGCUUUUCAUUCAUACGCAGAUCUUGAAAUCAACGAUCGCCAUGUCUCUCUCAUCGAAAUUGUCUAUCACCGACGUCAACUUGAAGGACGAACGUGUUCUCAUCCGUGUCGACUUUAACGUUCCACAGGACAAAGAGCUUAAUAUCACAAACCCAGCUCGUAUCGUCGCCGCUCUUCCCACCAUCAAAUAUGCUCUCGAGCAAGGCGCUAAGUCUGUCAUCCUCAUGUCUCACUUGGGUAGACCCGAUGGUCAACCCAUUCCCAAGUACUCACUCAAGCCGGUAGCCACCAAAUUGUCUGAGCUGCUCGGCAAAGAGGUCACCUUUCUCCCUGACUGCGUGGGGGAGGAGAUCCAGAAAGCUGUGUUGGAAGGGAAAGACGGUCAGAUCUUCCUCUUGGAAAACCUCAGGUUCCACGUUGAAGAGGAGGGUAAGGGAAAGAAAGGUGAUGAGAAGAUUAAGGCCGACCCCGAAAGUGUGAAAAAGUUCAGAGAGGAGCUCACUGCCCUUGGGACAGUCUAUGUCAACGAUGCGUUCGGCACAGCUCACCGUGCUCAUUCUUCCAUGGUCGGCGUUCAGUUACCCAAACGUGCAGCUGGGUUCUUGAUGAAGAAAGAACUUGAAUACUUUGCCAAAGUCCUCGAAAACCCUGAACGUCCUUUCCUUGCCAUCCUCGGUGGUGCCAAGGUGGCCGACAAGAUUCAGCUCAUUGAAAACAUGUUGGACCAGGUCAACACGUUGAUCAUCUGCGGUGGCAUGUCAUUUACCUUUAAGAAGACGCUUGAAAAUGUGGAGAUCGGUCAAUCCCUUUUCGACGAAGCAGGCUCUCAGAAAGUCAAGGACCUCGUUGAGAAGGCAAAGAAGAACAACGUCAAGCUCGUCUUCCCCGUUGACUACGUGACUGCAGACAAGUUCGACAAAGAUGCCAAUACUGGGUCCGCUACUGACGAGACCGGGAUACCCGCGGAUUGGCAAGGACUCGAUUGUGGACCUAAAUCGAACGAGCUCUUCGCUCAGACCGUCGCGGAAGCAAAGACGAUCCUGUGGAACGGCCCCGCUGGUGUAUUCGAAUUCCCUGCUUUCGCCGGUGGCUCGAACGCCUUGCUGGAGGCGUGCAUCAAAGCUGCCAAGAACGGUGCGACUGUCAUUGUCGGAGGUGGUGACACUGCGACGUUGGUCGCGAACGCAGGUAAAGAAGAUCAAUUGAGUCAUGUGUCCACUGGAGGUGGUGCGAGCUUGGAGUUGCUUGAAGGAAAGACUUUGCCUGGUGUGGCAGAGCUGAGCGAGAAGCAGUAAUCGAAGUAUCUAAGUGAGUAGCGAUGUACAUAGAUCAUGAAGGAAUAGUCAUCAUUUCC